AUGAGGGCUCCUUGGUGGAUCGCAGCCACAUUCUUCGCAUCGACCGUCCUAUCGAUAGAGACACUACCGUUCUCUCCUCCGCAAGCCGCAGAGUCCAGCAGAAGAGCAUACGAUGUCCUACAGAUCUUAAAGCGUGCCGACAACAAUUGUCCCUUCGGAUACGACCCAUGUACGGAUCUGGGCCAUUCUGAAGUCUGCUGCAGGAGCGGCACCAGAUGCUCCAAGGAUGCCGCGAACAACAUCGCCUGUUGUCCCACCGGUGCCUCCUGUACAGGGAGUCUUACGGGCCCAGCGUCUACAGAUACCAGCUUCAGAUUCCCCGUAACCGCAACCGCAACACCAACGAAGACUGCGACCGAUGGUGCAAUCACAGGAUCGACGAUCACCGGAGCUUGGCCGUUCAUCUUUGUCCCUACGACGUUCCCCAACCCAGGCGUUUGCUCGUCAUAUUGGUCGUUAUGUCAGAGCGAGUACUCGCAGUGCACCGCGCACCUCGGGGGCCAGUACGGAGUCACCGUGGCCGGAGGUGGUGCAGGCGUCACGGUCCAGGGGGGCGGCCCGACGGCUGCUGUUUCUGUCUGCUCGAGCUUGAGUCAGGCUGCUUGUCACGGACUCAACCUGGGCUACUGCAGCGCGUAUGUUACCGGAGGAGGUGGUCAGAACAAUGCUGCUAUGCCGGGACGGACCUCCAGUCUUCAGGACUUGGUCUUGGGAAUGGUGGUCGGUGUAGCAGGGAUGUUUAUUUAA